AUCAGUUCCGGCGCCCUAUGAGGGCGGGGAAGCAAGGUACUGGGGGAAACUUAGCUAUUAGUGUAGCAGGGUCAUGAAGAAGAGGCGGCGGCGGGAGGAAGGAGGAGGCGGCGGGGGUGAGAAACUGCGGUAGCUGCCCGCUGGCCUGGUGGCGUGGCUGUGUGGAAAGGGCGUAGUUCUUAAUCCCUUCUCCGGGCAGCGGCCGGGGCUCGGGGCUGAGAGCGGCCUUGGGGCCGCCUCCCCGGGCCCCCUGGCUCCGCCAUGUUCCGCAGGGCACGCCUUAGCGUGAAGCCGAAUGUCAGGCCUGGUGUAGGCGCCAGGGGUUCCACCGCCCCCAACCUCCCGCGUGGACAAGAGGCGCCCAGGCCCCAGGAUCCUGCAGCGGCCUCCUCCCCGAAGCCAGCGGAGUCUACAGAUGUGCCCCCGGUGGAUUGCGGGGGAUCUGAACCCCAAGAAAAGGCUCCCAGGAGCAGUGAUGAAAAGACUGACAGUGAGAAUUAUGUUGAAGAAUCCAGUAAAUCUUCCUCUACUGUUUCACAGAGAAGAAAAAGAAUAUCAAGUACUCCUACUCUGGUUAAGCCUGGUGUCACUGUUCCUUCAGAAUCUCAUCCCUUAUCUACAGUUAAUCAAGAAGUUGCACAGCCGAACCCUGUUUCAACAAAAGAGAAACAGCCAUGUUCAGACAGAUAUCGAUUAUAUAAAGCCCAGAAACUAAGAGAAAUGUUAAAAGAAGAAUUGAGGAAAGAGAAGAAGCAAUGGAAAAACAAAUAUGCCAUAAAUGAAAGUCAGAAGCCACCAGAUCGUUCAAAAAUGACUAUGAGAGAUUUCAUAUAUUACCUGCCAGAUAAUAAUCCAAUGACUUCUUCCCUGGAGCAAGAAAAGAAAACUGAAAAAUCUUUGACACCAGUCCAGACAAGAGAGCAAGAAGGUAAGAGUACUCCUGAUACGGCAGAUAAUGAAGAACUAGAAGAAGAGGUGGAUGAUGGGCCAUUGCUGGUUCCUCGAGUAAAAGUGGCAGAAGAUGGUUCCAUUAUUUUGGAUGAAGAAAGUUUAACUGUAGAAGUUUUAAGGACAAAGGGCCCCUGUGUGGUUGAGGAAAAUGAUCCCAUAUUUGAACGUGGUUCUACAACUACAUAUUCCAGCUUUAGGAAAAACUAUUAUUCUAAACCAUGGUCAAAUAAAGAAACAGAUAUGUUUUUUUUAGCCAUCAGCAUGGUAGGAACUGACUUUUCUAUGAUCGGACAGCUUUUUCCUCACAGAGCAAGGAUAGAAAUUAAGAACAAAUUUAAACGUGAAGAGAAAACAAAUGGAUGGAGAAUAGACAAAGCCUUUCAGGAAAAGCGCCCUUUUGACUUCGAUUUUUUUGCUCAUUUGCUUCAGAAAGUUCUUGCUGAAGAAGAGAAAAGAAAACAAAAAUCUGUUAAAAAUCAGAGUUUAAAGGAGAAGAAAUCCUCUAAGCCAAGGAAAAAUGUAAAAGUGAAAAAAGUUGCCAGUGAAGGAGGAAAUGAUGAUCCAGAUGUAUCUCCAAGCACCAGAAUUUCAGACACAGAACCAUCUCAAAAGGAUGCUCAGAUAGUUGAAGAAGAACAGCACUCUCAGACUUUAACAGCACAGGAUUCAGAACAGAUUGCUUUAGAAACAGACCUAAAUCAAAAGAAAAGAAGAAGAAAGAAUCAGGAUGAAGUUGGUCAACAAGAAGUAAAAAAUCUUUCAGAAAAUGCCACUGUUCCGUUAGGUCAUUCUAAAGGAGAAACAUACGAAAAAAAUAAAGGUCAGUCUUUAAGGGAGAUAAAUGAAGAUGAAGUCAAUAAGGAACAGAAGCUUUCUUGCAUACAGAAUAUGGAUGACAUUGUGGAUUUAUCCUCCAGUGAAAAAGCUGAGAAAAGAACUGACCCUAUCCUUUCAUCAAGUGGUCAACAAGAUGCCACAUCAUUAGGAACUGAAGCUUCAGAAUCAAGCCCUUCAGGUUUGCCUUUAUCAGAAGCUGGAAUUAGUGCACUGUGUGAGGUGAAUAAUGUUGAAAGGAAUUACACAGAAGAAAGCAGUGUUGACCUAAAAAAUAAAUCAUUGGAAACAGAUCAGUCAGGAAAUGUUAAACUAAUGGGAAGAAGACAACUACAGAGACCUAAACCCAAUUUAUCAAGGGCAGUUGGGAAGAAAUCUGUUCUUUCACAAGGUAAAACAGAUGCAGAGAGCAAGAGUUUACAUGCAGAAACUUCAUUUGAAAAGAAUCAUAUGGAAAAGGAUAAAGUGAAUACAUUGGACAUUUCUGGAAUGGAGAAUAUAGAGAGAGAGAACUCAGAAGCUGAGACUGUAUCUAUUUCUGGUUUGAGUGAAAAAAUUGGUCUGCAGGAAGAUGAUCAAACAAAGACUGUCAGACCAGCACGACUAAUGAGGAGCCGAUUGCAAAGGCCAAAGCCAAAUGUAGGUAAAGCUGCUGAAAGAAAAAUUCUAGCAUCACAGGAAAAAAUUGAGGCCAAUGUAAAAAAGAAUGAAAGUGAAUCCUGUGUUGCUAGAGAUAGUCCUGAACAAGUAGAAGAUCAGUCAUGUAAAAACGUUGACUUUGAAGACAUCACAUUACAAUCUGAGAAAGAAGAUAAUUUUUUCCAAAUGAAUGUUAAUGAAUGUGUAAGUAUUCAAGAGGAUAAGAAGGUCCCUGUUCUAAAGACUCGAUUUCAGAAACCAAAGCCAAAUAUAGGAAGAGGAGCUAGAAGAAGAGAAAUUUUCUCAAGGAAAGAGGUGUCAGAGGAGAUUGAAUCUGGGCAGUUCGCAGCACCUUUGAGAGAAAUUACAAGAAUGGAAGAAACCUUACCAAGGGAGAGCAUAUCAGUGGAGGCUAAUUUUACUAAGGAAAAGGAGUCCUAUUUAGGGAAAACUGAAAGUGACAAGUCUCCAAGAGAGAAGAUACCAGAAAUGAUGUCCAGCACUGUGGAAAUGGAGGCAGAUUUGAAAGAAAUAGGAGGAGAGGUUUCCCCAAGGGACACUAUAUCAGAGGUGUCUGAUAUCACUGAGGAAAGAGUGAAGAAUUUGGAAGAAACUGGAAGAGAGGUUUCCCCAAGGGAUACUGUAUCAGACGUGUCUGAUGUCACUGAGGAAAGAGUGAUAAAUUUGGAGGAAACUGGAAGAGAGGUUUCCCCAAGGGAUACUGUAUCAGAGGUGUUUGAUGUCACUGAGGAAAGAGUGAUAAAUUUGGAGGAAACUGGAAGAGAGGUUUCCCUAAGGGAUACUAUAUCAGAAGUGUCUGAUGUCACUGAGGAAAGAGUGAUAAAUUUGGAGGAAACUGGAAGAGAGGUUUCCCUAAGGGAUAUUGUAUCAGAGGUGUCUGAUGUCACUGAGGAAAGAGUGAUAAAUUUGGAGGAAACUGGAAGAGAGGAUUCCCCAAGGGAUACUGUAUCAGAGGUGUCUGAUGUCACUGAGGAAACUGGAAGAGAGGUUUCCCCAAGGGAUACUGUAUCAGAGGUGUCUGAUGUCACUGAAGAAAGAAUGACAGAUUUGGAAGAAACUGAAAGAAGAAAAAUAUCCCUGCAGGAAAAUGCCCCAGAGGUCAGCACUAUAGAUGAAGUAGAAACAAAUUUAGAAGAAACUGGAAGUGAGGUUUCUGUAAGGGAAAAUGUACCAGAGAUUGUUGAUGCCAUUAAGGAGAGAGAAACACAUUUGGAAGAAACUGAAGGAAGAGAAAUAGACAUAGAAGAAAAGGCCCCAGAGGCUAAGACUCAAGGUGAAAGGGAGACAGAUUGGAAAGAAAUUGAAAAGGGAACUUCCCUGGGGGAAAAGGUACUAUUGGGGAUCAGUGCCCCAGGGGAAAGGGAGAUUGAUUUGAAAGAAACUGGAGAAGGAGAUCUUUCCCUGAUGGAAAAGGUAUCAGGAAAGACGACUGCUAUUGAAGAAACAGAGGCAGAAUCAAAAGAAACUGGAGACAUUUCCUCAAAGAAAAGCAAAUCAGAAGAGAUUAGUGCUCCUGAAGAAAUGGCUGCAGAUUUGGAAAAAACUGGAAAAAUAGACAUUUCUUUAAGGAAAUGUGGAGCAGAGGAGACCAGGACCUCAAGACAAAAUGACACAGAUUUAAUGCAGAGCAGUAGUAGUUGCUGCAACACUAUGUCUUCACUAACUAUCAAAAAUGUUAGCAGUGAAGUACUAUCCGUGGUGCAAACACCUGAAGAAGAAGAAAAAAAUUCUGAAAAGGAACUGUCAGGUCACUUGAGUUGUUUGGAGACUUCUUUACAGACUUCUGAACCUGAUAAAACAGACGACCAGGGGCUGCUAUCUCCAGAUGUUCCAGAGCAGUUUUCAAAUACUAAUUUAAGCAAAUCUCUUCCUCAAGAGCAGAAGCCACUUGAAGUUAAACCAGCACCUUUUAUGAGAAGCCGAUUCAAGAGACCAAAACCAAACUUAGCAAGAGCAACUUUAAAGAGAGAGACUACAGAAGCAGAAAAAUAUGUACGUGGGAAGAAAUUGGAAACUGAUAAAACUGAGACUGUUGUGGUGCAGCAGACCAGUGAACAGGUGAACACUCUCCCUUCUCAACAUGGUGUGGCUUCCCUAAUGACAUCAAGAGAAAAAGACAAAUCAGGUCACAGGGAGGAGGAGACUGUAAUAUUACCAUGUAUACAGCCUGAAAAGGACCUUUCACCUUCAAGUUCUUGUAAUCCUGAAGCGAUGUCUCAGCCUGUACAGACCCAGGAGAAGGAAUUAGUUGUUUCUAUGGGGUCUCAUAGAACAAACACUUUUCAGCAAGAAGUCAAGGAAAGCGUUAUCCCAACUGCUCGAAUAGUAAGGAGCCGACUUCAGAGACCCAGACCAAACAUAACAAAGGCUGGACCGAGGCAAAUAGAAAAAGGUGAAGCUGAAGGCAUAAUUAAGGAAGAAAGAACAGUAGUACAAAAAGAUGAAACAAAAAAGUUCUUGACUGUGCCAAGCUCUCCAGUUGGAACUGAAAUUGAAGUUGUAUCCUCCAAAGUUUCAGAAGGUAUAACGUGUGAAAACCAGAGUCACAUGGUCCUUGCAGAACCUCUUCAUCUUAACAAAAUAAAUGUUUUAGAUGAAAAGAUGAGACAUGAACCUAAAAGGUCUGUUCCUAGUCCAGCACAUUUGGUAAGAAGGCAGUUCCGAAAGGUUAAGCCAAAUUUGGGACGAGCACAUGGUAAGAAAGAUGAGCCAGGCAUAGAAAAAGACAGAGCGGAUGAGAGAGAGGCAAGGAAGCCAGAAGAUAAUUUGCUGCAGCCCCGAGAUUCUGACACCCACCUCCUUCAAAAAGAAAAGGCUGAGUUUCUGACAUCUUUGGAGGUUUCAGCAAGAAAAGAUUGUGUUGAUUCCACGGAGGCUAGUUUGGCCAAAAGCAGUGCUCAUUUAGAAGUUGGACCAUCAGGAAGUGUUGGAGGAAAAACUGUAGGGGAUAAUGCUGUAUCUUCAGUUGCUGAAGAGCAGUGUCUCAGUAAACUAUCAAGCUCUCCACAGCUGUUAAAAGAAUCAAAUUACUCUAAAAUUGGUCUGGAUCGAAGAACAACUGCCUCUUCUACUUCUGAGUGUGAGGUAGAUCAUGGUGGAAGGAGAAUCCAUCGCAGGAUGAAACCAAGUGUCACCAGAGGGCGUGGAUCAAAACGAGUUCGAAGUAAGACCUCUAGGAAGGAACCUCGUGCUUCCAAGGCCACGCUGGUGACUCUUCGGGCUUCACAGGAAGAAGAUGAAGAUGAUGAUGAAGAUUUUGAGCCUGAUUAUGAAGAUGAAAGUUACCAUCUUGCUCCAGAAGAAGUAAACAAAGCUCCAGUGUUUGUUCCCAUUGGUCUUAGGUCUCCCGAACCUGUUUCUGCUCAGAUCGAGGAAACAAUGGAAGAGCUUGAAAUAACUGUGAAUGUACCAGAUAUAGGCAUAGCUGUUGUUGAACAUCCACUGUCAAACACAGAUGUGACUACUCAGGAGAUGAGACAAGAAGAAAAUUUGAAGGCAUUAUCUGUCGAAAUGAACACAGAUGAACAUACCCAAGAUGAAACAGGUACCAGUGAUGGAAGUACUGAAGCUGCUAUAACGUUACUUGCAAUGGGAGAUCUAGUGUUGCAGUCAGAGAUCGGGGCAGAACAGAGUGAUGGAGUAUGUGUACUUCUUGAUGUUCAUUCAAAGGAUAAAAGCUGUGUUCCUUUUAGCCCAGAUAAUGUAAAUCACAAAAUUGUUCGUGAAUGUCAGGAGCUUUCUUCACCUGUCAAUAGUACAUCUCCUUCUUCAUUAGAAGAAAACAAGAUUGUAUUGGAAGAGCAAAGUACUAAAGAAGAAAUUGGUUUAGUGGAGAAAGUAAAGGAAAACGCUGUAUCAACCAGGAAUACAACUUCUGAAGUGACCAGUAAUUUGAGAAUAAGAAGUAGAUUUGCCAAGCCUAAACCAAAUCUUAAGACUUCAGGGACCAGUAGGUUUGGUGUUCAUCAGGAAGUUCCCAAUUUGUUUAUAAACAAAGGAGAAGUGGUAGAAAGUCAAAGAGAAACUGAGAAAAAUAUUUCUGAAGCAACGGAAUUACAAGAUGAAAACCUUGGAUCACUAAGAACAGCAGAGAGUAAGGAGCAGAGCAAAUUGGCUUGUGAACAUGGUAUUGGAGAGACUGCUAUUUCUCAAGAAGCAAAUCUAACUGAAAGAAAUGAUGAUCAGGAAGAGGAAUCUCAAAAGGUUCAGAUAUCAUCAGUUGUUCCAGUUUCCUUUGAGACAAGACCCCAUAUACUUGGUUCAGAUGUGGUUCUCCCUGAGAAUUCUGUCGAAGAGCCCCAGGGAAAGGACUCUAAUGGAGACAAUGUGCUUGCUCUUCAUAUGUCAGAGGAUACACUAACUAGUAUGCCAGAAGUCCAACAAGAGAAUGUAAUCAGUUCUCAAGACUUAACAGUGAAUCUAGUUGCUAAUGUACAUCAAGAUGGUGAGGAUGAACAAGCAUUCAUUUUAACUCUGGUGGAAAUCCCAACCAAUGCUGUAGAAGAAUUUAGUGAUACCAGUGCACAGUUAAUGCCAAACCCUUUACUGCCAGCACCCAUAUUGAUCAAAUCCGUGAAUACAGAAGAAAGGAGUGACAUGAGUGUGAGUUUUCCAGUAACUUCAGUUGGUCAGAAUACCAUGUGUUUAUCUGAUCCUGGAAAAGAUGAUUCUGAAGAGCCUCCUCCUGCUAAUUUGGAUCUUAUAUCUAGGAAGAGAUUUCACUGUAUGCUUGAAGAAAGUGACCAGGUUCCUCCUCCCAAAAAAAGUUUGCUCACUUCAGAUGAUUGUCAAAAUUAUACCUCCGAGGUGUGUUCAAAGGAAAUGAUAAAUGCUUCUGAGGAAACAGGGGAGUCUUACAAGGAACAAGGUAUCUUUCCUACCUCAGGAAGCACACAUAUAACUUCAGAACCUCAGAAAGAGCAACUUGAACCAGCUUUUCAGAGUAUAGAAUCUGGGUCUCUUGAUAAAAUAACAGAUACACAUAUAGAAAAAAGUACAUCUCAGUUACCUCAGGAUGAGAGGAUUGUGUCUGCUAAGGAGGAGGGAACUUGUGCUGCUUCGAAGUCUGAACAAAUGAAUAGCAUUGCAUCAUCUUCAAAAACCCCAUUAUCCAGACCUGGCAGAAGACCCCUGGGAUUUUUGUCUUUAAUAUGUUCAAAGAAUAGUUUGGAGUCUGAUGAACCUACUCAGGUUUAUAAUAAGAAACGUCUAAAACCUCUUAUACCUGUAUCAAGAAAGAAUUUGAAAAGAUCAAAUCCGCUCAGUGAAAGCCAGAAAAAAAUCCAAGAGUCCUCUGAUCAGCCUCCAUCUCCAAGUGUUGUUGAUACUCAAUCUGAGAAUACUGGCAGUUCAGCAACUCAGGCUUCUUGUGAUCGUCCCUUACCAAAAGAAGAAUGUAAAAGUAGCCAAAACCGGGUACCUGAGGAGGAGCCAACCACAGUCUCAGAAUAUUUCUUUGGUGAUAUCUUUAUCGAAGUAGAUGAAACAGAAUAAAAGUCUUUUUUUUUUUUUUUAAGUCUAGGAUUUCCAGAGUCAAAUAUCAACUAAGCAGUAUUUAGAAAAAAGCAUCACUGGCUAUUUUUCUUUAGAUUGAUUUUGAAUAUUUAAGAGCUUGAUUUGAAGCUUUUAUAAUCAGUGGAAAACAUUGCUGAGUUUCCUUUCAUUCUGAUUGAUUCAGCAUUUUGGAAAUACAAAGCAAUUAAGACUGCUUCUGAGACAGAAAUAGCUUCUCUUGUUCACGUUUUGACUCUUCCUGUGCUGAACACACGUGGACAUUUUGGAGUGCUAUGGGUAAACUCUCUGUAUAAAUCACAGUGCCGACUUAUUUGGAGGUGGAUUGUAUUUAGCAUUUAGUGAACUUCUUUUGUAAAGGUUUUUUUCUGUUUUUUUGUUUGUUUGUUUUGCUGAAGGCCUUUACAGUUGCCUCUAAGUAUAUGAAAGCAUAUUGUGAGACUCCACUUUAGUAUGGCAAAUGUUAAAAACUUUUCUAUUAUCAGCUAUUUGACUGGAAAAUAUGUAUUUUUCUAAUUCAUGUUGAUGUAACAUUAGUCCUAAUUGAACAAGUAGUAUUUAAACUUAUUUAUAAAAAUGAAACAUCAAAAAGUUUAUUUAUUUUUAAAUUUUUUAUUUAAAAGAAUAUUCAGUUUUAAUUAUUUUCACCACUCAGAUUAUGGGUAAAGACAACAUUGACAAAUUUGUGUUUGUCCCUUUUCCCUUUAAUUUUUAAAGAUAUUUAUAGUUAUAUCACUAAAAGUAUUUGGAUACAUUUUUUUCUCAUAGUUUAGUAUAUUGAAUUUGUACUGUGAAGUUUUUGUUUUUCUUAUUUUUUUGGAUAAUCUCAGGAUUUGUAUGGGAAAAAAACCCUUAAUUUAUGAGGGAGAUUUGCAUACAAAAUUCAGUCCCUUUUACACAUACACACACUCACAUACAUUCCUUUUUUUAAAAACUAAUUUCUUGAUAGUUUUUUUUCCCCCAUUAAAUUUUGCGUAAGGGGCUCUUAGGCCUUUAAGCACAGAACAUAAUUGUGAUAUUAAAACAGAAAAUAAGAUAAUAAGACUUUAUUUAGUCAGUGAUUAUCAUCAGUAUUAAUUUAAGGGUUGUUUUUGAUUUCGAAAUUUUGCUUUUUAUAUAUGUAAUUCCAUUAUCUACCCAAGCAAAUCUUCGGUGGUUCAAAUCAAACUUCUCAAAAACAAAUUCGUUCUUUUACUUGAAAAGCCUCAGAGCAGGAGUCGGAAACAUUUUCUGCAAAAUAUUCUUGAAUUUGCAGGCUGGAUGGCCUCUGUGGCAGCUGUUCAUUUCUGCUGUUUCAGUGUGAAAACAGCCACAGACAACACUGAAGGGAUUGACAUGGCUGUAAUGGGCUUUUCAUUUGACCCCUAUAUUAGAUAGUAAUUUUCUUACCUUAAGGUGCUGACAUUUUAUCUUUGACAUAUCUGUCAUUGAAGGUAUUAGUUGUGCAUCACAAUUAAAACUGUGAUGACUGCAUUACAAAAUGAUCAGUAUUUCAACUGGGAAGAUAUUUUAAUGUCUAGAUAAUUGUGUUUGUAUACUGAAAAAAAUAGUGGCGAAUUUUCAAGUUCAUUAGUAAAAUAGGAUGUGGUUCAGCAAAUGUAACAGUAAUCCUAAAAUUGCUAUUAGAGCAUUUCUUAUUCAUUGCUUUAUAGUGAAAUUUAUAAUUUAACUUUUUUGUGUCAUCAAGGAGGAUCUAUAAAUCUUGAGUGGAAAUUCUCAGUAGGUAUGCAUUAAUUUAUUUCAUGUGAUUAAUAUGUCACAAAAAUCAUGGUAGUCAAUCACAUACUAUUUUAAUGCCCUGUUUUUAUAAAUUUUUUAAAGUCUUAUAUUUUGAAACAGUUUCUUUCAUUUAAUCUUAGUUUGGAAGUUAGGUUGCCACAGUUAAACUAUUAUUUUAUCCCUUGUGUAAUAUUUAUUUUUUAACUUUGUUAACAUCUGUCUCUUGUUCAACUAUAAUGAAUUCAUUUUAUGGAAGGUGUAACUUCUUACUAUAUAAAAAAAUAAUUUUAUCUUUGGGUAUUCAUUGUGUAAGAGAAUCAAGUCAGCCAAGAUAAAUUGUCCUACUAUUAUAUACUUCAAACUAAUCUGGGAAAAUAAGAAACUUAAUCAUUGUAUUUACUUUACAAGGUGGAAAGAAUUAGUCACACCCUUUGUUUAUAUUCCUGUAAAGAUGAUGUUGUGAAGAAUUAUUUUGUAAAUCUGAAAGGAGGUAUGAAUAAUGGUCUUUGUUUUCUUGACUUUUCCUCCUGAAUACUUAUAUUUUAGCAAGUGGUCAACAUGAUGAUUUUAAAAGCUUAACUGUUGGUAAAUGAUUGAGGCACAGUUAAAAAUACGAGUAUCUGCUGCUUACCACCAUGUUAUUCAAAUUAGAAGUGACCAUAUAUACUCUUGCUUGAAGGAGUUUUUGACAAAAAAGCAAUACCUGUCAUUUGUAAAUUUUCUUGUUCUAAAGAAAGCAGUUAUGUUCUAUAGAUAUAAAUUAUGUAAAUAAAAGUUAUUUUAUACUA